CUCUCUCUCUCAGCUGCAGGGCUGCGCCGGAUGGCGACGUAGCGGCGGGAGGGACCGGCGAGCGCAGCCGCGGAUCGGGGCCUUUGCCUGGCCGCCCCUCGCCGCCCCCCGCCGCCAACGCAGCAAUCCCUACCUCCAUCCCCUCUCCAUCCUUCCCUCCCUACCUCCCUCCAUCGCGCGGCCCCGGUCCUUGCGCAGAGCCCGGUCGCGGCGGCGGGCAUCGCUCUGCUGGGCUCCCGGCGGGGGUCGCGGGGGUCCUUCUCUUUUUUCUUCUCCGUCGCUGGGGGAGGAGCGGGAGGAUGCCGCCGCGCUGAGAGCAGGAGGAGGAGGAAGAGGAGGAGGAGGAGGAUGCUGGAUGCUCGGAGGAGGAGGAGGAGGAGGAGGGGGCAUCGGAACAGAUCCGGCGGCGGCGGUGGCGGAGGGGGGGGGGCCGUGAUCCGGCCCUGACUGCUCUUGGGGGGCUCUUCACCGCCGCCUCCCCCCAGCGCUUGUACCCGCACCGCACACCGCCCUCCGUCCUCGAAAGAUCGGAGAGAAGAGCCACCUUUACGCCAUCCAUCUUUGGGCUUGCUUUUAAAAAGGACACCCGCCCCCCCCGCAAUCCCGGAGCGGUUCCUGGGAAUCCGAGGGCUCCUGGUCCCCCCGGGGGGCGACUGACCCCUCCCCUCCCCCUCCCCUCCCCUCCCCUCGAUGCUGGUGGUGGAAAUGUGGAGACUCCAGGCAGAGAGGCUGAGUGGACUCGUCUCGGCUUUAGCGGCUCUUUGUCUCGCUUGCGGCGCCCAAAGCCCCUCCACUGGGAAUAUUUCGGUGGUGAAAGAAAUUGUGGACAAGCUGCUGAAAGGCUACGAUGUCCGCCUCCGCCCUGACUUUGGAGGCAACCCUGUCACAGUGGGAAUGAGCAUCCAUAUCUCAAGCAUUGAUCAGAUUUCUGAAGUCAACAUGGACUACACCAUCACCAUGUACUUUCAACAAAGCUGGCGUGAUAAGCGUUUGGCGUACAGUGACCUGCCUCUAAACCUGACUCUGGACAACCGUGUGGCUGACCAGCUGUGGCUCCCUGACACCUACUUCCUGAAUGACAAGAAGUCCUUCCUGCACGGGGUGACGGUCAAGAACCGGAUGAUCCGGCUGCACCCAGAUGGGACGGUCCUCUAUGGCCUGAGAAUAACCACCACCGCCGCUUGCAUGAUGGAUCUGAGGAGGUACCCCCUCGACCAGCAGAACUGCACCCUCGAGAUCGAGAGCUAUGGCUAUACAGUUGAUGACAUUGUGUUCUUCUGGCAAGGAAAUAACUCAGCCGUGACUGGGAUGGAGGUCCUGGAGCUGCCCCAGUUCACCAUUAUUGAGCAGAGACUGGUCACCAGGGAAGUCGUCUUCACCACCGGCUCCUACCUUCGAUUAUCCCUCAGUUUCCGGAUCAAAAGAAACAUUGGCUACUUCAUCUUGCAGACUUACAUGCCAUCUAUCCUCAUCACCAUCCUCUCCUGGGUCUCUUUUUGGAUCAAUUACGACGCCUCUGCUGCUCGCGUGGCACUAGGGGUCACUACGGUGCUCACCAUGACUACCAUCAACACCCACUUGCGGGAGACCCUCCCCAAGAUCCCCUAUGUCAAAGCCAUCGAUGUCUAUCUCAUGGGCUGCUUCGUCUUCGUGUUCCUGGCACUCCUGGAGUAUGCCUUCGUCAACUACAUUUUCUUUGGCCGAGGCCCUCGUCAGCAGAAGAAGCAGAGCGAACGCAUCAACAAGGCCAAUAACGAGAGGCACCGAUACGAGGAGAAGCGAGUUGACCCAUAUGGGAACAUCCUUCUCAGCACUCUGGAAAUGAACAAUGAGCUGCUGGCGACAGACAUGAUGAGCACGGUAGGAGACUCACGAAACUCUGUCAUGUCCUUCGAAGGCUCAGGAAUCCAGCUCCGCAAGCCGCUGGCCCCCCGAGAUGGUUUCGGACACCACCCGACCUUAGACCGCCACGGUCCUCUGGCCCACCACGCUGCCAUCCGCAAUCGCACCAAUUGCCGCCUCCGCCGGCGGUCAUCCAAGCUGAAGCUCAAAAUCCCAGAUCUGGCAGAUGUCAGCACCAUUGACAAGUGGUCACGGAUCAUUUUCCCCAUCACCUUUGGGUUCUUCAACCUGGUGUACUGGUUGUACUAUGUGAACUGAUCCGCGGUGGAAAUAGGGAAAGACACUCAAACUAUGACAACACCGCAGGAGUGCUGCAGUCUUUGGGGUUUGGGUUCUUUUCUUAAUUAUGGCAAAUGCUCCAUUCUCACACAUCCUUGCCUCUGCCCCAUCUUUGGUUACAUUUCUCUUCUCCAUCUCCUGUUUUCAGCACAUUAUGUACACACAGAGUAUAUGUGUGAUAUAACAUGGCCUUGUGGAGGGGGGUGGCUUUCAGGGAUCAGUGGGGGAAAUCUCUCUCUCUCUCUCUCUCUCUCUCCCUCCCUUAUAGUUCUUUGCUUGAGGUACUUUACCAUCUGAGUGAGAUGGGCCCUUUUCUUUUGCAAAAUGUGCAUUGUUGCAGCUAAUUCAGUGCAUCAGGGACGGUGGCCCUCGUUGCCCCUGGAGUUGCUGGCAGGUGCUUGGUGACCAUCCUUUGCUUACAGAUCUCCCCCUUCCUUCUCCUGCGGGCCAUUUUUAUCCCUUUCUAUCUCCCUCCCCCAUUUAUACUUUUGAAAGUUCAGCCUGCAUUCUCAUGGUGCAUGAGCUUCAUUUCUUUAAUCCCUCUUUCUGCCUCAUCAGUAUACAAGAGUCUGUCUUAAAACAAUGAAAUGUUCAUGUUGCACCCGUCUGGGUAGAAAUGGGGGGUUACUUGUGUGGGAGAGCAUUCCCAGCUCAAAGGCAAAGGCAUGUUUGUGAGCUGCCUUUUCCAACUUUCGGCUUCUGGGGCUGGAUUGUUUCUUUUUUAAACCUGUUCCUGGUGUGGAUGUCUGGGGCUGUGUCCCCAAAUGUGUGAAAGCCUGUUUCCAGGGGGAGGGGCGGGAUUUGUUAUGUCUUUUAUAGAAAAAGGCUGUCUAUAAGGUAUAACUGCUAAUAGGGGUGUGGGGUUUGGGAGUCCUGUGUGUGUACUUGUGGUGGGGAGUCUCAAGAAGGUAGGGAAAGGUAGGGAAGGUCUCAGAAAGGUUCAGGCAGCGAAAUGCAACGGGCCCCCCAUGGCAUUGGGGGGGGGGGGAGGAGAUGGGGCAGCACCCCCUCCCUCUCUGCUACCAGAAGGGAAGGGGCCUGUCGUGGAGACCCCAUGUGCAGCGGUGACAAGAGAAUGGGACGUCCACAAACACUUGGAAGGGCAGCUGUUUUUGCUGCAUUCCCUUGUACUGGCGGUGCCAAGGCAGGCAAGGUGGACUCUUUGUGCCAGGGCUCUCCGGAGGCUAUUCUGCCAUGAAUGCCCUUCAGCAAAACAAUGGUGGGAGCGGGUGCAUGAAGCCCAGUCCGUCACCCAGUCGUGGAUUUCUCAUAUUGAUGAAAAUGGCCAACAGGUGUGUCCCAAAGCUUCUCCAGGAAGACCAUGCAAGACUCAGAGUAAUAUGAGCUGAAGCAGCACCUUUGGACUUUUCACAUCCAUAGAGCAACCACUUUUAGCUUCAGCAGCACUGGCCUGAAAUGUCCAUUUAGCAAAUGCCAUGUGUGAAGCAAACUGAAAAGAGCACAGGCGAUUCCAUCAAUGCAGACCUCGGUGAGCAUCCUGGGGGUAACUGCUCUUUCUCGCUCUCCAUUGGUGCACCUCGGCCCCACAGAGCUUUGCUAUUCUGUCUUCAGCAUUCCCCUUGGCUUCCUCCUCCAUCCAUCCAUCUCUCCCUUCAUGGGGACAAGAGACAAGUGCUGGGAGCAUCUGAAGAUCCUCAUCACUCAACAGAUGCAACACAAUGGAUGACUAACAGUGAGUUGGAAACAAUAUAUUUAUGUCUAAUUGCCUUUAUCUCCAAAUCUUGUGGUGGGUACCAGUUUUUCAAAAGAUCCUCCACCUUGAUGUGUUCUGCCCCAGCCUCAUCUGGAGAGGAACAGCUUCUCUCUCUGAAAUUGCUCUUGCUAUCCGUGGCUCUCUUUUCGCCAACAUCCUGAUGACCAGACCCAGCAGUGGAAAAGUGGAUGGUGGGAUUUCCCAGUUGGGAGAAGAAGGACAAAACCUCCUCCUGGGGAGCUGCAGCUGCUUUGCAAGUGUUCAUCCAAGCCUUGACUGUAGUCUGAGCACAUGGGACUGAGGAGCUCUGUGAGGUCUCUAUGAAGAAAAAGUGUCCAGAGAGAGAGGCAGGUGGACCUUUUUUUCUGGUAAUGGAUGCUUUAAAAGCAUAUGCUUCCAAGUGUGUCAUGCCACAGUGUUUGCAAGCUGCCUUUCUUUCCUUGCCAGACCCUGACAAGCAUGCGCGCACACACGUGCGUACACACACACACACACACACACACACACACAUGCAGAGCCAUUGACCUCCAUUACACCAUCAGAGGAGUCAAGUCUUGGACAGAAAGUAAGGGACUCCUUCAGAUGUAUUGCCCCACACCCACACACAGACACACACUCAUAAACACAGUUGCUGCUGUCUUUGUCCAGACAAGUGUGAUGUAAAAUCAGGAAGGAGUGGGAUGGGUGUGAUGCUCCCAGUUGGGGACGGACGCUCCGCUCAGUGCCAAAAUGAGGCCUGCCCCUUCCGCCCUAGACUUUCAGAGUCUCAGCCUCACUGGGAUCUUUUCAUGAUGGCAGCUGCACUCAGCUGCCACUUCCAGCAAAGUGCACCCCAUUUCUUUUUCCCAAAGCACCCAUCAAACAUUUGCUUGGCCACCAUCUCGACUUGCCAGAGAGUCUUACUGGCAAGACUGUGGUCUGACCUCCCCUCUUUCUGCCUUGGUUUUUCUGCCAUCUGGACUGUCUUUCUGAGGAGGACUCGCUCUACUUCUUUCUUGGUUGUUUCUUCUAGGCAUCCUUACCGUCUCCUCUAGCUCUUCCUAAUGCAUGCAAUGGCUAUGCUCCACUCCUUCUCUGAUGCCAGCACAGCAGCCUGGGAGCACCCCGGAGCUCUUCAUCCCAGGAUGGGUUUUUUUGCCUCUAAGAGACAGCUUGGUCUCUCAGGUGAAUGGAGCACUCAGGCAAUGUCAGAGGUUGCACAUGAUGGUCUGCAGGUAGACAUCCAAUCUGCACGAUACAGGGGAGGAAAACAGGUGCAUGUUGGAAAUCUCAGGGUAGCGCAAUGAACAUGCGUGCUUCAUUUUCCUCUGUUGGCACAGAACACAGCCGCCGCCACCGCUGCCACCACUCAGGGAUUUUUAUGCACUGGGGACACCAUCCUAUCCAUCCCUUCAGCUUGCCACCCCCUGCUUCUUCUUCAGAGAUGGGUGAGCAAGCUGGGAAAUGAGCAGGCGAAUGAAAUACGAGGCAAGAGAAGAAUGUCCAAACGGCACACAAAGGCAAUGGUGUACCUUUGAAGGCAGGGCAAAAGAGAGGCGCCUUCAUAUCAGCUAAAGAGAGUUAUUCAACAUGCCCAGAACAAGCAGGUGUCCCCAGCCAUCCUCACAGGUGGGGCUACAGCCCUUCUGUGGCAGAGAGGGGGGAUCGCGCGGAGACAAGAUCUGACUUGCAGCCAAGCAGUGGAAGAACCUUGACUCCCCAUUCCAUCUCUUGAGGGUAGACAGGGACUUCCCAGAUGCUGGCCAGUUCAAAGAAAUGGCUAUGAUUCUUUGAGACAUCUGGCAAGUACUCGAGGUCACAUUCAUUCCUCAAGAAACACCAGAGGGAAGAAACAAAGCCAACGGUUUGUGCUACCAUGCAGUGAGUGGCCAUCUGCCAGGAAUGGAUGCCAUGGAAG